GCGAAAAUGGGACGCCGCAAGGAAGUUCGUUCAGCAGUCUUUGGACGGAAGCGAUACCUUUUCCGAAGAACAACCUCGAGCCUCGAUAUCGAGGAAAAGCCUACUUUCACCAGACUGGCAGCGACUGCGCAAUGUGGUGAGACCGAGAGCCAAGCUGUUGAGGGAAAUGAAGGGGUUGCUUCUUUUGGAUGAGAUUGAGAUGAAAGUGUCUUGUUGUAGUUUGGAGGAUUCAGAGGGCGCGGCAAUUCCCCCGGAAGUGAGGAUCGAAGAUGGAUCUGGUGGACGAGGUGUUGAAACUAGUGGACGGGAUGACCCACGGACCUCGAACCGAC